UGCCCAAUACCGAAAUUUUCUUCGCAACCACGCUCUACUCUGCGGUUCCACUUAGCAAUAUUUUGUGGUGUUUCAUCUAGAUAAUAAUAUUCUUUAUAGCUAAAUAUGGGCGUAGACGUUAUUCCAAUUACUCCUGGUGACGGAAGCACAUACCCAAAAAGUGGUCAACUUGUUUCUGUCCACUACACCGGAACUCUAGACAAUGGCACCAAGUUUGAUUCAUCGCGCGAUCGCGGUAAACCAUUCAAAUUCACCAUUGGCCGUGGAGAGGUAAUCCGUGGUUGGGAUGAAGGCGUUAAGCAGCUUUCUCUAGGCCAACGAGCUAAGUUGGUAUGUUCGCCAGACUACGCUUACGGCAGUCGUGGACAUCCAGGAAUUAUCCCACCAAACUCCACAUUGACUUUUGAUGUAGAACUUCUUAAAGUAGAAUGAAUGAACAAAUAACCAAUCAAAUUGCAGUAGCAAAAGUAAAAAAAAGAAAAAAACAUCUUAAAUCUAACAGAGUGCAUUUCUGAAGGAUCUUACACAUUUAAAUUAAGUUGUAACCGAGGCGUAGUACAAAAAGCCUACUCGUGAAUGUUUAGAAAUAGACAAAUUAGCUUACGUUCAACCUAAACCAUUUUCUCCUUUUAUCUAAUGUUUUUCUAUAAUUUUACAAAACUGCAAUAAAUAGGAAUUACAAAAGUGAA